AUGGAUAAUCAGAGCUUUACGCAUCCAACGUUUUCUGUCAACAUUUCUUCCGGGGUUAAUAUUCCAGCUUCCUUGUCCCUUGCUCCAUACAAGAACAACAACAUCGGGGACUUGGAUGGAUUUUUGACAGAAACUAAUGGGAUAUACAAGAUCAAGAAAGGCGAAAAGAAAGCUAGAAAGCACAAGUUCGCCUUCCAGACGAGGAGCCAAGUUGAUAUACUCGAUGAUGGAUACCGGUGGAGAAAGUACGGUCAGAAGAAAGUGAAGAGCAACAAUUUUCCUAGAAGUUACUACAGGUGCACGCACCAAGGAUGCAACGUUAAGAAGCAAGUGCAGCGACUAUCAAGAGAUGAGAGUGUUGUUGUGACCACGUACGAAGGAAAUCAUACGCAUCAUGUGGACAAACCCAUUGACAAUUUUGAGCAAAUUCUCAACCACAUGCAGAUUUAUCCUGUGAAUUAG